UCAUCUGAACGCUUCAGUAAAAUGGCUGUGUCUCGCCAAGCCUCGUGCUGGUUUGGUCGGUUUCUUGCUCACACUCUCGUUCUGUAAGAGAAGCCUUCCCACAUUCUCUGUUGGUUAAUUUAAUUCCCUGGAUCCUUAUUUAUAUUCUUCCAGUAACUUUCCAGUCGAAUCGGAGACGGGAGUGGAUGCCGGAUUAGGUCCGGAGGUAGGGGGAAUGAUCCGGGACACGGGUACAUUGUUAUAAACAAUUGUAUUUAUGUUCAAUACUAUUCAGAGAGCUCGAUUGUGAGUGACUCGCUGUGAGAGGCAGAGAGGGAUAUCAUGGCCGCGCAGGUCGCUAGCGUCGCCACUCUCAACACUAGCCCGCCAUCCGAACUUAAAAAGCCGGAUCGGGACCCACUGGAGGAGUCGGUACCGGGAGAGAAACAACAUGUAAAUAAGGAACCGGGAUCUGACAACGGAUCUCCUGGACAGAAGGAUCUGCAGGACGGGGCCGAUGCUGGAAAUGUAGGGGGAGGAGGGGAGCCUGACAUGAAGAACGGGAACGGGAAUUCGUCCAGGGUGAAUAAUAAUAACAACCAGAAUGAUACUGGGGGACCGGAGGGGAAUAACCACUCCGGGAUGGGCCAUCACCACCAGGGCUCAUUCCCUCCACCUCCUUACGGUUACAACCAGCACUACAGCCGGGGCCCUUUUCAUCAACAUGGCGGACAACAAAGCCCUGGCAUGGCAGCUGCAGCGGGGCCGGCAGUGCAGCCAGGUAACAUGAUGGACCCAUACCCGCCCAACACACACGAGCACGGCUUCCCCAACCAUUUUAACAACUACAGCCCCUUCCCGAACCGGACUUCGUAUCAGGGCCAAGGAUACGCCAUGAAUUCCCCGCGUAAUAACCAGCCCCCGGCGGCUGGGGGGCAGCCAGGCAAGCAACAGCCAGCAGGCGGAACUACAGCUAUGGCUGCCUCGUACAAUAAUCAGAGGUAUAACAUAGGAAACCUACAACCCACGUCUACCCCGACUUUAAAUCAGCUUCUAACGUCUCCCAGCUCAACGAGGACCUACCAGAAUUACCCACAAGGAGACUAUAGUAACCAGGAAGGGGCUAGCAAGGGAGCAGCAGAUAUGGCCAGCAGUCAGUAUGGUGGGGGCCAUCCGGGUUGGCAACAAAGGACCCACCACCCGCCUCCAAUGAGCCCAGGGAACACGGGACCUGGGAACACGGGACCUCUGAACAGAAACCAGCCCCCCAGCCCUAUGGACCAGGCAGGGAAGAUGAGAGGCCAGGGGUAUGGUGGAGUCAACCCCUACUCUCAGCAGCAAGGCCAGGGGCAGGGCCCUCCUCCUCCAGGGGCUCAACAGGGUGCCUCCUACCCAGGCCAGGGCUACGGACCCCCAGGGUCUCAGAGAUACCCCAUGGGCAUGCAGGGACGCACCCCCGGCGGCAUGGGUGGCAUGCAAUACGGACAACAGAUGGCCGGCUAUGGGCAGCAGGGUCCAGGGGGCUACGGUCAGCAGAGCCAGGGCUACUACGGCCAGCAUGGCCCCCCACCACACGCUGGUCAGCAGCAGUCCCCCUACCCCCAGCAGGUCCACACCUCCCAGGGUCAGCCCUCAGCCCAACACAGCCAGCCUGGGGCCCCCGGCCCCUAUCCCCAGGGCCAAGGCCCUCCGCAGGUGGGUCCACCACAGAUCCAGCCGCCCUACAACCAGGGACCGCAGCAGCAGGUCCAGGCCGUGCCUCAGGGUCAGGGCCCCCAGCCCAGCUACCCUCAGCAGCAAGGACCCCAAGGGCAAGGACAGCAGCCUCCACAGCAGCAGCUCCCCUCGCAGCAGCAAGGACCCCCCCAGCAGCAAGAAAGGGUGGCCCCUCCACAGGCCCAGCCACCCCCGGGCCAUCAACAACCCCCAGGCCACCAGCCCUCUCCAGGCCACCAGCCACCCCCUAGCCAUGGUGGGCAGCAGCCACCCACAGGCCAUCAGCCCUCCCCAGGCCCCCAGGGCCACCACCCCUCUCCAGGUCACGGUGGACCCCCCCAGCAGCAGGGUCAGUCUCAGCAGGGCCAGCCCUCACCCUACUCCCAGACCCCACCCCUGCAGCAGUCACCCUUCCAGCGGUUUCCACCUCCACCGCAGGAGCUCUCCCAGGACUCGUUCAGCUCCCAGUCCAGUGCUCCCCCCUCCAACCAGCCCAUGACUUCCACAAAGAGUGGAGCAGAGGACAGCAUGCAGGGACGGCCUUCUAGCUUACCGGUGAGCCCUCCCAAGACAUUAACGGACCUCUCUGGUUCUAUAGAUGACCUGCCGACUGGUACGGAGGGGGCUCUGAGUCCGGGCGUCAGCACGUCGGGGGUGUCCAGUAGCCAGGGUGAACAGAGUAACCCCGCCCAGUCACCCUUCUCACCUCACACCUCGCCCCACUUGCCUGGCAUCCGCGGGCCCUCCCCCUCCCCCGUGGGCUCCCCUGCCAGCGUCACCCCCUCCCGCUCUGGACCCCUCUCGCCUGCUGCCGUGCCAGGUAACCAGAUGCCUGCCCGGCCACCCAGCGCCCAUUCAGACAGCAUCCACUCAUCCAUGAACCAGUCAGCCAUGGGCCAGGACAGGGUGUACAUGCGUAACCCCCAGAUGCCUCCGUACGGGUCGCCGCAGCAACCUGGCUCCGCCUUAUCCCCCCGCCAGUCGUCGGGAGGCCAGAUGCAUCCUGGGAUGGGGCCCUACCCUCAGAACAACUCCAUGGGGAACUACGGCCCUCAGGGUGGACAGUACGGACCACAAGGCUACCCCAGACAGCCUGGCUACAGUGGCAUGCCCAACGCCAACUAUCCUGGAGGUCCAGGAGGCAUGAACCCUAUGCCAGGCCAGGCUGGUGGUGCGCCGUACGCUGGCAUGCCCCCCGGCAGGAUGGGUCCAGGUCAGAUGGGUGCUCGCCCCUACGGCCCUGGGAUGGGCCCCAAUAUGGGCCCUGGCAUGCCCCCACAGGUGACCUCUGGGAUGUGUCCCCCUCCAGGCAUGAACAGGAAGGUCCCCGGGGGCCCUCCGGAUGCAGCCUCCGCCAUGCACCACGGUGGCCCCGGAGCUAACUCUAUACAUAACAGGCCUCCAGGCUACCCCCCCAACAUGCCCCAGGGGAUGAUGGGAGCAGGGUCUCCGUACGGCCCGGGGCCGGGGGCCAUCAACAGCAUGCAGGGCAUGUUGAACCAAGGAGGACCCUAUGGAGGAGGGCCCAUGGGAGGGAACAUGGCCAACAACACACCCGGCAUUGUUCCUAGCCCUGAGUUUGGCAUCGAUGUCAAACUGAACCCAGCCCAGAAGAUGAACAACAAGGUGGACGGCACGCCCAAACCUGAAACCAAGAAGGUAAAGAAGAAGUCAAACUCUUCGACGACGACCAAUGAGAAGAUAACUCGUCUGUAUGAGCUGGGUCCGGAGCCGGAGAGGAGGACGUGGGUAGACCGGUAUCUGGCGUUCACUGAGGAGAAGGCCACGGGCAUGACCAACCUUCCCGCCGUGGGACGCAAACCCCUGGACCUCUUCAGACUUUACGUCUCGGUCAAAGAGAUAGGAGGCCUCACACAGGUGAACAAGAAUAAGAAGUGGAGGGAGUUGUCCACCAACCUGAACGUGGGCACGUCCAGCAGCGCUGCCAGCUCUCUGAAGAAGCAGUACAUCCAGUGUCUGUACGCCUUCGAGUGCAAGAUCGAACGUGGCGAGGACCCGCCCCCAGAUCUCUUCAUCGACGCCAAAAAGACCACCCAGCCCAAGAUCCAGCCCCCCAGCCCAGCUGGGUCUGGAUCUCUGCAGGGCCCCCAGACCCCCCAGUCCACCAGUAGUUCCAUGGCGGAGGGGGGGGACCUGAAGCCCCCCACCCCAGCCUCCACCCCUCACAGCCAGAUACCCCCCAUGCCAGGAGUCAGGCUGCAGGACCCGUUUGCAGAUGGGGGCGACCCGGCGUUUGCCAGACGGAACUCUAUGACCCCUAACAGCUACCAGCCUGGGAUGGGUGGUCCGGAGAUGAUGGGGCGCAUGGGGCCCUAUGAACCCAACAAGGACCCCUUUGGUGGUAUGAGGAAAGCUGGAGAGCAAUUCAUGACUCCAGCGUUGGGGCCUAACAGUGGUGUGGAGGGGCAGUUCAACAGAGGCCCCCCAGGGCCCAUGGUCCCCAACAUGCAGAUGGGUCAGAGACAACAGUACCCCUAUGUACCUGGAUAUGACAGGAGACAGGAACCAGGGAUGGGUCCUGACGGCAGUAUGGGUCCUGGAGCCCCCCAGCCCAACCUGAUGCCUUCAGGGGCCGAUUCAGGGAUGUACUCCCCCAGCCGACCCCCACCGGUGCAACGGCAUGAUUCCUAUGGUAAUCAGUAUCCUGGCCAAGGAGCGCCACCUGGUGGCCCCUACCCCAAUCAGCAGCCAGGAAUGUUUCCACAGCAACAACCGAACUAUAAGCGGUCUCCAGGCGACGGGGCCUACGGUCCCCCAGCGAAGCGUCACGAGGGGGAUGGGAUGUACAAUGUCCCCUUCAGCGGUCAGCAGCAGCCAGGGCCCCAGCCCCCUGGGGCCCCCCCGGGCCAACAGGACAUGUACAAUCAGUACAACACAGGUUACCCCGGCUCCGACCGCCGACCACCUGGCCCCCAGGGCCAGUUCCCCUUCCCCUUCGGCCGAGACCGGGGGCCCUCUAGCGCAAACUCCCAGUCCCCCAUGCCUCCCCAAAUGAUGGGCAGCCCAAUGCAGGCGGCCCCUGACGGCCCUCAGUGCCCCAUGUGGCAGGGACGCAACGAGAUGGGCUACCCCAACUACCCCAACCGCCAGGGGCCUCCGGGACCUGGCCAGGGGCCCCCCCAGGGGUACCACGGCAUGAACCGGUCUGAGGAGAUGAUGCCAGGGGCAGACCAGCGGAUUAACCACGAGGGCCAGUGGCCGGGACACCCCAACCAGAGACAACCCCCCUACGGACCGGGGGGCUCGGGUCCCCCCAUGUCCAGACCUCUGCAGUCCAACUAUCAGAGCUCCCAGAACCACAUAUCCCAGGUGUCCAGUCCUGCCCCCAUGCCCCGCCCCAUGGAGAGCCGGACGUCCCCCUCCAAGUCGCCCUACAUGCACUCCGGCAUCAAGAUGCAGAAGGCGGGGCCCCCCGUGCCUGCUUCCCACAUAGGCCAGGCCCCUGUGCAGCCCCCUCUCAUCAGGCGGGACAUAUCCUUCCCCCCAGGGUCGGUGGAGGCCUCCCAACCCAUCCUCAAACCCAGAGGAAGACUCACCAUGAAAGACAUCGGCACCCCAGAGGCCUGGAGAGUGAUGAUGUCACUGAAGUCAGGCUUACUAGCUGAGAGCACUUGGGCCUUGGACACCAUUAAUAUUCUACUGUAUGAUGACAACAGCAUUUCUACUUUCAACCUCUGCCAGCUGCCUGGGUUCCUGGAGCUGGUAGUGGAGUAUUUCAGACGCUGCCUCAUCGAGAUCUUUGGCAUCCUGAAGGAGUAUGAGGUGGGAGACCCUGGCCAGAGGAUGCUCAUCGACCCGCAUACUGCCGACGAAGACUGCUCUGAUGAAGAGCUACCUGAGCAGGAGGACAUGGAGGAGGACGAGGAAGAAGAGGAUGACGAAGAGGAGGAGGAGGAGAGGAAAAGCAACACAGACACCACCACCUCGUCGCAGCAGGUCCAGGUGAAACAGGAGGGGGUGGGGAAAGAGGAGAAAUCCACAACGGAGAAGUUGACAGCAGAGGAGGAAAGGGAAGGAGGAGAGUCUUCUUCCUCCUCCCCAGCCCCUCAGGACUCUAGCCUCUCCCAGGAGAAACCCAAACAGGCCAGUAAGUUUGACAAGCUGCCCAUCAAGAUGGUGCGUAAGAAAGACCCCUUCCCCGGUUGCCGUUCCAGUAAACUAGGCCGGCGGCAGAGCUUUGACAGUGGACUGAUCCACUGGAGUAUCGGCGGGGGGGACACCACGGAACACAUCCAGACCCACUUCGAGAGCCGGUCCGACCUCCUCAAGCAGCGGAAACGGGUGCCGCCGUCAGUCACCGAGAGCAGGAAGAAGGUUGCCAUGACUGUGUCAGAACACCCUGAGAAGACCAAGCCUGGCAAGGAGCAGACCACCUCCCCUGCAGAGAAGACCACCAAGACCUCCGCCCCAACCACACCUGCCCCGGUCACCGCCACCAUUGACGACGUGCUGUCGGCCCGGCCGGGCUCGGUGACGGAGGAGGCGGUGCGAGGAGCAGCCGAGGAGCAGAAGGAGAGCGGGGGACAGUUCCUGUUCUCCAUCCGCCAGGCGCAGCAGAGCCGACGCAACAUCACCAUCCUGGAGGACGAGCCUCACAGCAAGGACGAGACCCCACUGAGCACGCUGUCGGACUGGCAGGAUGCCCUGGCUCGCCGCUGCAUCUGCGUCUCCAACAUUGUUCGAUCGCUCUCCUUCAUCCCCGGCAACGACCUGGAGAUGUCCAAACACCCAGGGCUGCUGCUGCUGCUGGGCCGUCUGGUCUUGCUCCACCACCGUCACCCAGAGAGGAAACAGGCCCCCGUCACCUACGAGAAGGAGGAGGACGAGGGGGUGAGCUGUGAGAGGGACGAAUGGUGGUGGGACUGUCUGGAGGUCCUCAGGGAGAACUGCCUGGUCACUCUGGCUAACAUCUCCGGCCAGCUGGACCUGUCCAUCUACCCAGAGAGCAUCUGUCUGCCCCUGCUGGAUGGCCUGCUCCACUGGGCUGUUUGUCCCUCAGCCGAGGCCUUGGACCCCUUCCCCAUGCUGGGGCCCCACGGGGCCCUAUCCCCCCAGAGACUGGUGCUGGAGACCCUCAGCAAGCUGAGCAUCCAGGACAACAACGUGGACCUUAUCCUGGCCACGCCUCCAUUCAGCCGGCUGGAGAAGCUGUACGGGACGCUGGUGCGUCUGGUCGGGGAGAGGAAGGUGGCUGUCUGCAGGGAGAUGUCUGUGGUCUUACUGGCCAACCUGGCCCAGGGAGACAGCAUGGCGGCCAGGGCCAUCGCCGUGCAGAAGGCCAGUGUUGGUAACCUCCUGGGCUUCCUGGAGGACAGUCUAGCAGCCACGCAGUACCAGCAGAGCCAGAGUUCCCUGAUGCACCUACAGGGGGCUCACUUUGAGCCCACUAGUGUAGACAUGAUGCGGCGAGCGGCCCGCGCCCUGCACGCCAUGGCUAAGGUGGAGGAGAACCACUCAGAGUUCACCCUGUACGAGUCCCGCCUACUGGACAUCUCUGUCUCACCACUCAUGAACUCUCUGGUGUCCCAUGUGAUCUGUGACGUACUCUUUCUGAUUGGCCAGUCAUGACAGCCGUGGGGGUUUCAGCUUCGCUUUCUCUUUCUGUUCCCCCACCCCGUUCUUCACCCCACCCUUAUUUUUUUUGUGUGUCGAGUGGGAGAACUAAGAGCAAAACUGACUGUCCUAGUUUUAAUUUAUGCAAAAUCACCUCGGAUUCCACUGUCUGUCCUUUCUACCCCCCUGGUUCUCACUUAAAGGACAGAUUUACUGAAGUAGCGGUGGAGUUAAACAUUCUGGAACACGGAAACUGAGAAACUAACGUGGAUAUGUGAUAAAACAGAUUAAAUGGCACCCUGGCUUGGGAGGGAGGGAGAGCGCUGCCCGGCGGGAAACAACUUUUUUCAUGAAAAGAUUUUAAAAAAUUGACACAAAAAAAUAAAACAUAAAAACUGUAACCAAAGUUGCUGUCUCGUUUACAGUGAGUUUGGGGGAUAUAUGUGCCCGGGUUCUCCUCCCUUGGAGUUGGUGGUGAGCAGGGCGGGCAUGGACAGGGAAAACCUGUUUUUGGUUAAUGUACGGUGAAACAGACUCCUGGACUCUGGUUUGGUAUACUGCUGUAACUUGGACGCUCUCUAUUCACGACCCAGGUUAUCAGCUGUGAACAGACAGACAUCUUCAACGGGGAGGCCUGUGCAGUAGAUUGUAGGACUUUUUUCCCCCUGUACUGUACACCUUAAAAACAACUGUAAACAUACUGUAAUAAUACUGUUUCACACUGAGAUACGCUGGCUUGGCAGCAAACUGUAGUUUUUAAAAAUGAUUUUAGUUAAAUGUUGAACUGAGAGAGAUGACAAAAGGCUUUCCCCCCAAAGUAUCGUGAACCUUACAACACCCCGACCUCUUCUUUGUCCCUCGAUUGUAUGACUUGACCCUUAUAAAAUAAGUCACCUUUUAGGACUGCUCCUCUACUUUAGACUCAGUCCCGACUGCUGUGUAUAUAUGAUGUUGUACAUUACACCUCUCUCUUUCUCUCUAACCUUUCUGUUGCUCUUCACCAUUUUUAAUCUUAGAUGAAUUAAAGGUUACACUCAAGUGAAAUUCCCUGCAUCAAGUUCGCCACGGAAUUACCUUUGAACCCUCACCCCUGACCCACCCGCCUGUCUCUCGCUACAGGGACUCCGCUGCUGCGACUCCCUCGCAACGUCUCAUCCCACUCCCACACACACCCCCACGACACACACUGAUCAAGUUUGUCUCCAGUACCACUGAGUCUAACAUGACAGAAACCAUGUCUGCUACAGUUCCAUUUCAGCUCCUACAUCAAAGCAAAGCAAGACCCCUGAUGAAGAAAUAAACCGUUUGAAUUUUGUUCAUUUGUUUUUCCAGUGAUAUGGAUUCUGCAUAUUUGUAUUUCAGACGAUGUAGCUAAAGACUUGAUGUAAAUUCCUAUUUUUUUUCCUUUUUUUGGCUUAAUGAAUAUAAUUUCUUCAUUAUGAAAUCUUUAUACUAUAUGUUCCACGUGUUACGAAUAAAUGUACAUUAAAUCUU